AAAAAUGCCAUUACUUUUAAUGGAUCAUUAUUUCUAUGGCUUGUUGAGCUCUUAAAUGAUUAUGAUACUGUGGCAUCACGAGGUGUUGCUAAUAUACUAAUAAAGGAUUAUAAUGAAUCAACUCAAUUUACUGUGACAUAGAUUCUACACUAUUGUCUCAAACAGCAAUUCUAACUGUCCAGACAAUUUGUACCUGACAAUAAAAUAGACAAGCCACACGUUGAAGUAACUUGGAAAGGAGAGAAUGAGAGCGACUCUGAAUAUGUACUUAGCAUGGACAACUUCCCAUUAGAUUCAGCUGGAGUGUGGACUGAGCAAGAAGCACUCUCUAUCUACAAAGGGAAAAUGGAGAGACUCCGUAUGCUGUACAUGGGACAGCUGUCUCGUCUCGGCUACCUCUUACAAGAGAGAAGACGAAGAUUCUUACAAGAAUGGCAGGCAGUAGGAGGAGCCAGAGAAAAAGCUUUAUUACCAUCAGAAGGUGGCAAUAAACAUGACAUUGCUUAUCGCUGCUACAGAAAGAGGACACUGGAACAAGGUCUCCUUGAAAGAAAGCAAAAAUUAAAGAGAGUAACAGCAACACUUGACCUGUACACUAAAAAAGAACUGAAGGACACAAACAGAUCUCACUACCAGCACUUAGUUAAACUCCAGCAACAACUGAAGGCAAAUAACUCAACACCAUGUACCACCACUGGUUGUAACCAGUUGAGUCUACCAUUUGCAGCAAAGUGUUCUAAACAUAUAGUAGAGGAUUCUAAGCAGCAGUUGUAUACUUCAUGUAGCUACACUGGCCCAAAUGGAACGACAUGUAACAAUCCUGUACCAAAGUACCUGGAGCCAUUGCUCUGUGGAGGACACUGGGACCAAGGGGAAGUGGUUAUACCAUCGGACACUGAGAGUGAUAGUGAUCAUGAUGAUGAUGAUAAUGAUGAAAGAAAAGAUGAUGAUGAUGAUGUUAAAGUUAAAAAUGAAAAUUAAUUUUUAAAAAUUAGU